UUGUCGAAGUUCGGGGAGACGCCCGGCCGCCGGCCUCGCCUACGGCCUGUCCCUCCGCCUCCUUCCCGCCCCGGGCCCCCGUCCGCCCGUCCUUCCUUCCCCUCCCGUGCAUGAUGGAAACACCAUGGCUGCGGCAGCCCAGCUCUCCCUGACACAGUUGUCAAGUGGGAAUCCUGUAUAUGAAAAGUACUAUAGACAGGUUGAUACGGGCAAUACUGGAAGGGUGUUGGCUUCAGAUGCGGCUGUGUUCCUGAAAAAAUCGGGGCUUCCAGACUUGAUUCUCGGAAAGAUUUGGGAUUUAGCCGACACAGAUGGCAAAGGUGUCCUGAACAAACAAGAAUUCUUCGUUGCACUACGGCUUGUGGCUUGUGCCCAGAAUGGACUAGAAGUUUCACUGAGUAGCUUGAACCUGGCUGUUCCUCCACCAAGAUUUCAUGACUCCAGUAGUCCUUCGCUCACCCGUGGGAUCUCAGCGGCUGAGCUCCCGUGGGCCGUAAAGUCUGAAGAUAAAGCCAAAUAUGAUGCAAUUUUUGACAGUUUAAGCCCAGUGGAUGGAUUUUUGUCCGGUGAUAAAGUAAAGCCAGUGUUGCUCAACUCUAAGUUACCUGUGGAAAUCCUUGGCAGAGUUUGGGAGUUGAGUGAUAUUGAUCAUGACGGGAAGCUUGACAGAGAUGAAUUUGCAGUUGCCAUGUUUUUGGUAUACUGUGCACUGGAGAAAGAACCUGUGCCAAUGUCCUUGCCUCCAGCCUUGGUGCCGCCUUCUAAGAGAAAAACGUGGGUUGUGUCCCCUGCAGAGAAGGCUAAAUAUGACGAGAUCUUCCUGAAAACUGACAAGGAUAUGGAUGGAUACGUAUCCGGACUGGAGGUCCGGGACACCUUCCUGAAAACAGGGUUGCCUUCUGCUGUGCUGGCCCACAUUUGGUCACUAUGUGACACAAAGGACUGUGGGAAGCUUUCAAAAGACCAGUUUGCCUUGGCGUUUCACUUAAUCAAUCAGAAGUUAACAAAAGGCAUUGACCCUCCUCAUAUUCUCACUCCAGAGAUGAUUCCACCAUCAGAGAGGUCCAGUUUACAAAAGAACAUCAUAGGAUCAAGUCCUGUUGCAGAUUUCUCUGCUAUUAAGGAACUAGAUACCCUUAACAAUGAAAUAGUUGACCUGCAGAGGGAAAAGAACAAUGUGGAACAGGACCUUAAAGAGAAGGAAGACACGGUUAAGCAGAGGACAAGUGAGGUCCAGGAUCUUCAAGAUGAAGUUCAGAGGGAGAGUGGUAACCUGCAGAAACUGCAGGCCCAGAAGCAGCAGGUACAGGAGCUCCUGGACGAGCUGGACCAGCAGAAAGCCCAGCUGGAAGAGCAGCUCAAGGAAGUCCGGAGACAGUGUGCGGAGGAGGCCCAGCUGAUCUCAUCCCUGAAAGCCGAAAUAACUAAUCAAGAGUCUCAGAUCUCCACUUACGAGGAAGAGCUGUGGAAAGCUAGGGAAGAGCUGAGUCGCCUCCAACAAGAAACAGCACAACUGGAAGAAAGUGUGGAGUCAGGAAAGGCUCAGCUGGAACCUCUUCAGCAACACCUCCUGGAGUCCCAGCAGGAAGUCAGUUCAAUGCAAAUGAGACUGAUGGAAAUGAAAGAUCUGGAAAAUCAUAAUAACCAGUCAAAUUGGUGCAGUAGCCCACAAAGCAUUAUUGUAAACGGUGCUGCAGAUUAUUGUAGCCUCAGCACCAGCAGCAGUGAGACAGCCAACCUCAAUGAACAAGCGGAAGGCCAGAACAACCUGGAGUCUGAGCCCAUACAGCAGGAGUCACCAGUGAGGAGUAGUCCUGAAAUAGCACCUUCUGAUGUGACUGAUGAAAACGAAGUUGUGACUGCGGCUGGUAAUGAGAAAGUUAGUCCCAGACUUGAGGAUGACAAGCAUUCAAAAGAGGAAGAUCCAUUUAAUGUAGAAUCCAGUUCACUGACAGAUCCAGUUGCAGAUACAAACUUGGACUUUUUCCAGUCUGAUCCUUUUGUUGGCAGUGAUCCUUUCAAGGAUGAUCCUUUUGGAAAAAUUGAUCCAUUUGGUGGAGAUCCUUUCAAAGGUUCAGACCCGUUUGCAUCCGAUUGCUUCUUUAAGCAGCCUUCUGUUGAUCCCUUCACCACUGCCAGCGCUGACCCGUUCAGUGCCUCCGGCAACAGCAGCGCUACGUCGGGAGAAACUUGGAAGCACAAUGACCCAUUUGCUCCUGGUGGGACAGUUGUCGUCGCAGCUAGUGAUUCAGCCACAGACCCUUUUGCUUCUGUUUUUGGAAAUGAAUCGUUUGGUGAUGGAUUUGCUGACUUCAGCGCAUUGUCAAAGGUCAACAAUGAAGAUCCUUUUAAUCCUGCCACAUCAAGUUCUGCCGGCAGUGCGGUCAUUGCUCACACUGUGCUGGAGGAGACGCCCACCAAGAGUGAGGACGUUCCUCCGGCACUGCCGCCCAAGACUGGAACUCCAACAAGACCCUGCCCGCCACCCCCAGGGAAAAGACCCAUCAACAAAUUGGAUUCUUCUGAUCCCUUUAAACUGAAUGAUCCAUUUCAGCCUUUCCCAGGCAAUGAUAGUCCCAAAGAAAAAGAUCCUGAUAUGUUUUGUGAUCCAUUUGCUUCUACUGCCACUACCAAUAAAGAGGCUGACCCAAGCAAUUUUGCUAACUUCAGUGCUUAUCCCUCUGAAGAAGACAUGAUUGAGUGGGCAAAGAGAGAAAGUGAGAGAGAAGAAGAACAGAGGCUUGCCAGACUAAAUCAGCAGGAACAAGAAGACUUGGAACUGGCCAUUGCACUUAGCAAAUCAGAAAUCUCAGAAGCAUGAAGAGUUAUUUGUCUUUGUCAGCAGUACAGUGCUCUUCUUCUUGAACCCUGAAGCUAUUUACCAUGUCAUCAAACUACCUAGGAGCAUGGGAUACAAAAGGUUUGAGAUUCCUAUAAAUGUGACAAAAGUCUAGUUUUUUGUUGUUGUUGUUUUGUUUUUUUGGGGAGGAAAAAGCUAUUUCAAAUGUACCUUUUAUUUUUUUCUUCCAAAAGCAGUACCCUAAUUAGACCGCUUCACCUAGACCCCUGUUCUGGUGUGCAUUUACAGUGAACUCUUGCCUGCUUGUACUGUUCCCUGUGAAGCUAGCGCACUAAGCUCUGCCGCCUGAGACCUAGCGGAUGUAGUUUCUCGCUGUCCUGCCCUGGUUCUGUACUUACUGUGAUAGCGACUGGAGUCUUGAAAGUGCAGGUAUUCUCCCUGAGCUGAGGAGGGAAAGGAAGGAGCACCCUGUUUCUUUUGAUCGGUACAAAUCAGCCAAUUUAAAGUACAUUAUCUGUACUUCUGGAGAAAAUAGAAUUAAUUUGUUAGAGACAGGGGAAGGUACUCUGCAUAGGAUCAACUCCACUAUUGAAAACUAAAUGAAUUAACUUAAACUAUUAUUGCUCCAGGCUCAAGAAAUUUCCUAAAUAAAAGCAUUACAACCUGGUAUGUGAAAGAUGUUUUUAAAAUAACUUUCUCUGGACUUAAAGAAUUGUAAGAUUAACAGAUACCUCACCACGUUUCCUAGUUAAAAACAAACCAACCAACCUCUUACAGCUAGUGAGGAAAACUUGUAGCUUAAAAUACAACCUAUCAGUUAAAGUAAGCAAACACUUGGCCUGCACCUUCUACCUUUGCAGCUGCACUGGCCUUGGUUGGUAAGAAUCCUGAGGUCUAGGAAGGUCUAGGAAGCUAGAAGUCAAAGAAGGUACUUUGGUCUUCGUUAUGCGUUUUGUUUCUUUAGUGGGGGCCCAGCUAUUUACAGUGAUACAAAUGGAAGAAGUAACUUUUGUUCAAUGCUAUUGUUUCUUGUCCAUCUUUGUAGUUUAAAUUACUUUAUUUGCUUGCUUUUUUCCACCUAUGAAAUUGACAAGCUACUCCAUCCUCCCCCCCCAAAACAAUUCCUAGCUUUUAAAUUGAGAGAAGAAGAAGCAGACUUGCCAAAUGAUCAAAGCCCUCCUUGUUAUCAGAGCCCAUCUUGUCCUAGCCUGGCCUGACAGCCAGCUGGAUUUGAUUUUAGUUACUGAUGGAGUGUGUUCAGUGCCAAGGUAAAGAAAAAUGCACCUACAAACUAUUUAAAACUCUCACCGAGUUAAGGUGGUAUUGAACCGUGUUGGCCAGAGUAACUUGCUGCCGGCCUGUGUACAUCCCCCAGUGUCCCGUCAGUCCAUCUUGAAAUGGUGCUCUUUUUUGGCUGGAAUUGAAAACGAACUUAAGCCGCUUUGUUGCACUGCUAACUUUUUCUACUUUUGUAAAUCAGUAUUUCAACAUAAAAGUCAUAAAUAUGAAGUAAGGGCUGAGUCAUAAUCACAAGGCUUUAGUUGUGGCAACUAAUCCAGUGGCCUCAGUGUGUGCUGCAAAGGGUGACAGGAAGGUUGUGUUGGGCUGUGAUGGGCAGAGUUUUCUGUUUGUUCCCUCCUCUGACUCCUCAGGAGAAAGGUAAGUUGACUUGAAUAACCUUCUUUUGCACUGAGAAAAGUGAAAAAUGUUUAAAAUGCUUUAAAAAUGUUUAAUUAAAAACACUCUGGAAAUAUUAAAUAUGUAUAACUUAUAAAUGUUAACUUUUGGUGUAUAGUAAGUGUUCCUAAUCUUCAGUGCACUUAGCUGGCUCAUAAAGACGUGUGUGCUCUGUGGGCCAAUAGCAUACUAAAGUGUGUAUAGAUCAUAUAAACAUAGCUGUAGCUCCAUGCUUGACUGUAUAGAGCAAAUGUCUUAAGAGUCAUUUGUGAUGUUUUAUGGUGUUGACCCUGGCUCCAAAGCCUGCGCUUGAAACAAAGACAGAGUUUUAACCAUCUUUUCCUCACUUGUUCAGCUUUAUUUGAGCUCUCGUCAUAGAAUUUUUCUCAUGUUUCAGACUUAUAAAUUGCAGUUGUAAUUAUGAGAUAAUAAACUCUAAGAAAUAAAACGUGUACUAGCUAUCCUUUGCAUUGAAGCUUGCAUCUUCUUGAUGGUGCAAAUGAGGAGAUAAGUCGCAGUCAGCAUACACUGUCCUGUGCAAAGUGUUUCCGGCAAUACUGUAUGAAUAAAUAAAUGUUGACUAUCA